AUGGCUGGGGGAAACCACUCAAGAGUGGCGGAGUUUGUCCUCUUGGGCUUCACUGACCUGCCCGAGCUGCUCUUUGUGUUUUUUUCAUUCGCUUACGUCACCACGCUGUCAGGGAACCGGGGGAUGAUCAUCCUCAUCAAGACCAACUCUCGGCUUCAUGUGCCUAUGUACUUCUUCCUCAGCCACCUCUCUUUCCUGGACAUCUGCUCUUCCACGUCCAUCGUGCCAAAGAUCCUGUUGGAUCUCCUGGCGGGGAGAAACAUCAUUUCUUUCAAUGGCUGCCUCAUGCAGUUCUUCUUCUUUGCCGUCUUUGGCACCAUGGAAGCCGUCCUCCUGGCCGCCACGGCCUACGAUCGCUACGUGGCCAUCCGUGAGCCUCUGCGCUACUGGACCACCAUGUCCCACGGGACCUGUGUCCAACUGGUGGUGGGUUCCUAUGCUGUGGGGAGCCUGAACGCCCUCGUGCACACCAGCUCUCUCCUCCACCUCUCCUUCUGUGGCCCAAACCUCAUCAAUCAUUUCUACUGCGAAAUCCCCCCUCUCCUGCUCCUCUCGUGCUCUGACACCAGCCUCAACGACCUCCUCUUGGCCAUCCUGGUCUCCUACGCCUGCAUCCUGCUCAUCAUCUGGAGCGUCAGCUCUGCGAGGGGCAGGCGCAAAGCCUUCUCCACCUGCACCUCCCACUUCGUGGCCGUUGCCCUCUUCUAUGGCUCCGCAGCUUUCUUGUAUUUCCAUCCCUUUUCCAGACACCCAGAAGACCAAGGGAAAACGACCUCCAUCUUCUACACCGCGGUGACACCCAUGGUCAACCCUUUCACCUACAGCCUGAGGAACAAGGGGGUGAGGAGCAUCCUCAAAGAACAAGGUCCUCUCCUCCGUGUAUUCCCACAGGUCCCGCUUUAA